CCAAAGCCAACCCACAAAAAAAAAAAAAACCCUAAAGUUUAGAUUUUUAAAAUUUGGGGGAAAAAAAAACCCUAAAGGUUAGUGAUGAGAUUGUUGGUGAGGAGAUGUUGCGGAAGCUCAGAGAUGAUGAUGAGAUGAUUGGAGAUCUAAUGAAGAGUAAUAACAACAAUGGCGACGUGGUUGAUAACAACAACAACAACGGAAACAACAACCGGUUAAGCCGGUGGCAUCACAAUUCAUCCCGGAUAAUUAGGGUUUCUCGAGCUUCCGGUGGUAAAGAUCGGCACAGCAAAGUCUUAACCUCAAAAGGUCCACGUGACCGGCGUGUCCGGUUAUCAGUCUCCACCGCUCUUCAAUUCUACGAUCUUCAAGAUCGGUUAGGUUACGAUCAGCCGAGCAAAGCUGUUGAAUGGUUGAUCAAAGCUGCUGAAGACUCAAUCUCCGAGCUUCCUUCACUCAACAACGCUAAUUUCCCGACAGAUGACGACGAGAAUCAGAAUCAUCAGAACCAGACAUUAACUACAACAACGGUUGCUGCUGGGGGGACGAAUUCGUUGUCUAAAUCGGCUUGUAGUAGUAAUUCAGACACGAGCAAGAACUCAUCUGGAUUGUCUUUGUCGAGAUCGGAGCUAAGGGAUAAAGCUAGAGAGAGAGCGAGAGAGAGAACAGCUAAAGAGACGAAAGAGAGAUCAUCAGAUCAUCAUCAUCAUCAAAGCCACACUACUACUUCGUUUACCGAUUUGUUAAAUUCCGGUUCAGAUCCGGUUAACUCAAACCGGCAAUGGAUGGCUCAAGCUCCUUCUGCUUCGUCUCCCAUGGAGUAUUUUACUUCGGGUUUGAUUCUCGGGUCGGGUCAACAGACCCAUUUCCCGAUUUCAACAAAUUCUCAUCCUUUCUCGUCAAUCUCCGAUCAUCACCAUCACCAUCAACAUCAUCAUCCGCAUCAAGAGUUUUCGUUUGUUCCCGACCAUUUGAUAUCUCCGGCAGGAUCUAACGGCGGAGCAUUCAAUCUUGAUUUCAACAUGUCGACACCCUCCGGCGCCGGAGCUGCCGUAUCCGCCAGUUCAGGUGGUGGGUUCAGUGGUUUCAACAGGGGGACCCUUCAGUCCAAUUCAACAACAAGUAAUCAUCAGCAUCAGCAUCAGCAUCAGCAGCAGUCGUUUCUGGCUAAUCUACAAAGGUUUCCAACAUCAUCAGAAGGUGGUGGAGGAGGUCCACAGUUCUUGUUCGGUGCACUGCCUGCAGAGAAUCACCACCACAACCACAAUCACAAUCAGAACAACAACAACCACCAGUUUCAGCUUUACUAUGAAAAUGGAUGCAGGAACUCAUCAGACCAUAAGGGUAAAGGCAAGAACUGAUGAUUCUUACUGCAUCUUUUGGGUUAUUUUUUCUCAGAUCUUCAUUUUAAUUGUAUGCUUAUUUUCGGUUUAUUUAAACAAAUGUUAAUCUUCUGAUUAUCAUUGUUAAUGUGUUUUAAAUUUGUUUAGGGUUUUGUUUUGUGCUAGUUUUGAUGGGUCUUUGGAAAUCAUUUUAGCAUUUGGGUUUGUAAUGUUGUAUUUUGUGAUAAUAGCAUUUUGUUUGUGGUUUUGUAAUUCAAUUUUUAGUGUUUUUUUUU